CUUUGAAGACUGAACACACUGUUGGAAUUUGAAUCUGAGAAAGUGUGUGUUUUUUGUUUACAAAAUUCGAAACUUGCUUGAUGAGAAGGUUUUUAUGUGUACUGUUGCGAAUGACAGUGUUUGCGAUGGUAGAAAUAUGGAAGAAUAGCUUUGUAGCAUACUACAUAACAUGACUCUGGAACCAGGUAUUAUGUUUUUGUGUGGAGCUAUCAAUCACCCUUGAAAGAAUAUUUCGUACAAAAUAUUUACAUUUGGCGCUUCAGCUGUCAGUGAGUGGUUCGUACUAUGUACAUAAUGAAAGCUUCACCUUGUAAUUAAAUGGAUGAGAACAAUUACUUCGUUUAUCUAGAUAUAACAGUCGGAGACGAAAAAGUGGGACGAGUAGUUCUAGAGCUCUUCAAGAAUACUGCUCCGAAGACUGCUGAAAAUUUUAGGGCGUUAUGUACGGGAGAGAGAGGGAUUGGCAGCACAGGCAAACCCUUGUGCUACAAGAAUACAGUAUUCCACAAGGCCAUUAGCUUAUUCAUGAUACAGGGAGGUGACACCACAAAUUUUGAUGGCACUGGAGGAGAAAGCAUAUAUGGCUGCGUCUUUGAGGAUGAAACAUUUGAAAGGAAGCAUUCGGGGCCAGGUGUAUUGAGCAUGGCAAAUGCUGGUCACAACACCAAUGGGUCACAGUUUUUUAUCACUGUUGUAGCUUGCCCACACCUUGAUGGGAAAAAUGUUGCUUUUGGUGAGGUCAGAGCGGGAAUGGGUGUUGUUAAGUGUGUUGCUGAACAGCCCACUGAUGAGAAUGACCGUCCACUAAAGGAUUGUGUGGUAUCUGGCUGUGGAGAGCUUUGUUAUGGUGAAGACUGGGGGAUUAAUGAGAAUGAUGGCACAGAAGACAUUUAUCCACCAUAUCCUGAAGACUGGCAGUUUCCUACCAAAGAGGUGAAUUACAUUGAAGAUGCAAUAGUGAAGAUAAAGAACUCUGGAAACCAUUACUUCAGGAAAGGAAACAUGACGAAUGCAGAAUCUAAAUAUCAGAAAGCUCUCCGGUAUAUAGAAUGCAGGCUGCGCUCCCAACCAGAAUGUAUCAACGCUGCAGUAACCACAGAACUAGCAUGCCUACAAAAUCUUGCUGCAACCAAGUUACGUCAGAAUGUUUACCGUGAGGCUCUAAUGUACUGCAACCGUGCUCUGGCACUGGAUGCACAGAGUGUGAAAGCACUGUACAGGCGUGGUCAGGCUUGGCACAGGCUCGGGGAUUACCAGGCUGCCCAACGUGACCUUGGUAUAGCAUUGACAUUGCGGCCAGAUGAUACUCUUAUUAAGGGUGAACUCAAAUCAGUCCAGCAGGAUGCUGUCCAUUACUAUAAAUCUGAGAAACGUCUCUUCAAGAUGAUGUUUCAGUGAGUGUUUGAGCUGCAAACUUGCAAAGUGACUAUUUCAGGGGUGACAGGUACAAAAAGUAAAGUGCAAUGUUAUACAUUUACUGGUGGACCAUACCAGCAGAAGAAAGUGGUAUAAGUUUUUUAAGUAAAACCCAUGUAAUUGUUACCAAAUCCAGAUGUGCUAAUUCUGAAAUGGGUUUAUCUUCAAUCUGCGAGACAAUAGUGUUAUUCAUUAAUAGGUAUCCCAUGACUACAACAGUGUUAAUUAUAAUUUCCCAAACUAAAAGCUUUGGAUAUUUUUAAAGAAAGGAUUUUUAUAUACAUGAAAAUAAAAUUACCAAAUGUUAAGUUAUGUUGCAGGAUGACUGACAUCAGCCCACCACAGGUAGGUAUGAAACUUUAAGCUAGUUUGCAGUCUCACCACCAAUAACUGUAUUAAUCUCUGGACACUAAAAAAAUUGAAUCGUUAUCUACAUACAGAAUGUUUGAAACUUCUUGCCUGAGACAGUUCAUCCAUUCAGCCUGGAAACAAGGGUUUCUACCACACGCAUGCUAGUGGGCUAGAGAAAAUAGGAAAGAUAGAGAUGCUGUUGUGGGAAGGCACUCGACUUGCAUUUGGGAGAGCUGCAGUUCAGAUCACCAUCCAUCCAAAUGUAAGUAAAUUGCUUAUGUCUUGUAUCAACUUCACUGCAGGUCACAGAGCAGUUUUACUAGAGAUACAUGGUAUACAUAAAGGCCUCUGUAAAGAGUCAAACUUGUUUGUCAAUUUCGGUGUUUCCCGCCAAGCAGGUGUGCAGUACCAACCAAAUUGGUCAAACUUAUUUCACUUUUGUAGAAGGUGUCACAUUGUGUGUAAUUGUGUCAUGAAGUAUUUUAUCGCUAGAGAGUAGUGUACGAUGUGCAGUGCAGGAUACAAAACUUUAAAUCUACACCAUUUGCCAGGUAUCUCAAAGUUACAGAUAAUAGUCCAGCAAUUAAUUGGUUCUUGUUUGAUAAAUGCAUAUGUAAGCCGUCAAAUUUGUUUGUAAAUCAAAAUUUCUGUCAGUCUGUUUUACAGAAACAUCAAGGAACACUUGAAAUUUGACACGUAGUUUGAUCUUCUAUGGGUCCAAAAGUUUCAGGAUGUAUAACUUCUCAUGCUUCACUAAGGCACCAAAGAAUUCCAAAUUAAACGUUCCGACUGCUCCAUCUGUCUUUUGAUCAGAGCACUGAUAUAUUUAUUCAAAAUUAUUUUCAGAAACAUGUACGAAUAAAAAUGCAGACAUGGAGAAAAAUAUUUAUAAUCUGUAUCUUACGAAAUUGUGGGGAUAAAAUUGGAAACGUGGGCUUAGUCAACUAGAAUGGUGUUGACGGACUGCUUAUGCACGAUCACAGAUUAAUUUAAAACAUAAGUUAUAAAAUUCUGUCAGAUGUGUAAAAAGAAAUAUAUGGUGAAAUGAUAGGC